AUGAAUGAUAAGAAUAUUAAAAUAACAUCUAGUUCUUAGAUGCCAUCUUAAACAAGUUUAUAUUAGACUUUACAUGAAUCCCAAAAUAUAAGUUCUCCUUCAUUAAGUAGCAUUUCAAAGAUUAAACAAAAUUCUAAACAAUCUGAUCAAGAUAGCUCCAUAAAUCUAUAUGAAGAAUAAAAUUAAUAACUUCAUUAAAGGAAAUCUAUAUUUUCAAACAACUUAUAUACAGCCCGUAAGUACUCUGAUGUAAAUUUAUAGCAAUAAAGUGAUGAUUUUAACAGAAAAAGAUGCUAAACUGUAGGGUCUUAGCUUCAAAAAAACUAAGCUAUUAUGAUUCGUAGAGAUUCUUAAUAAUCAAAAUAGUAGAAUGAUUUAAUAACUAUAGAUUAUGAAGACUCUAACAGCGAUAGUAGUGGUAGUGACUAUGAUGGAGAAAAAUAGAUGAACUAAAAUAAUUAAGAUGAAUAAAAUUAAUAAAAUAAAAGAUAGAGCGAUUAAAGUUCAUUAAAAUCAUAGGAUUAAAAGCGAUUUUAGUUAGGAAUAGAAAAUGAGAAUAAAAAGGCAAAACACUAAUAACUACUCUAGAGUACUAUAUAAGAUAAUUAGAAUUAAAAGUCCAACAUCGAUUUUAAAGAAAAAAAAAAUAGAUAAAGAAAAAUAAGUCAAGCUACGGCAAAUUAAAUUUUCAAUAGUUAAAACAUAGAUAUUAAAGAUAGCGAACAUUGUGAACUUGUCAUAUAAAUAUUAAAUAAGAAAAAGGCUAAAACAAAGCAAGAAAAAUAGUUUAUUUUAAAUAUUUUAAAAUGUUGUAGCAUUUUUCAAAAAAAUAAAAACUUGAUUAGUGAUAAUGCUUCAUCUUUAAACAUAACAGAAUGGUUCUCUUAUUAGUAUAUGCCAAAAAAUACUAUUGUAUUUAACCAAGGUGAGUAUGGAAAUACUUAUUACAUCGUUCUAUAAGGGUAAGUGUUUUGCAUGAUUCCUGAUCCAGACUACAAUAAUACAAAAGAAAAAUAUUUAAAUGAUUAGCUAAAUAAGAGGAAAUAAUAUUUUACUACCAACCCUUAUAAUAAAAAUUUUAGGGUUUCAGAAGUAAUUAACAAUUAAGCAAACUUUGAAAGUGAUUAGAGUAGUAAAAAAACUGAGAAGGAGCAAAUAUAACUUUUAAUUGAGUGUUUUCCUACGUUGAAGUUAGUUCAUACAUUUAAUUCAGGAGAAAGUUUUGGAGAUAUAGCUCUUAUUACGAAUGAAAGAAGAACUGCAACUUUGAUUUGCAAGGAAGACACUCAUUUUUUAACUCUUACAAAAGAAGGAUAUGAGUAAAUAAUAGGUGUAUAUGAGACUAGAAUAUUGGACGAAACAAUAAAAUUUUUAAGAUCGUUUCAUUAUUUUAAAAAUAUUGUUAGAUCUAGAUUACUUUAAAUUCUUUGUUGGAUGAAAGAACAAAUCUAUUUCAAAAAAAACAUUAUUUACAAAUAAGGAGAAAUUAGUAACUCUGUUAUUUUUAUAAGAUCAGGAGAAAUAGAAAUAUUUCAGGAUCAUGAAAUAAAUGAAAAUUAAGAAGCUUAGGAAUAGUCUGAUUCUCCAUCUUCAAAGUAGGUCAGCAAAGAAAAUAAAAUUUUAUAAUUAAAUCUGUCACUUAUGAAAAAAGUGAAUAAAUAAAAGACAAAACGACUUCAACUUUUAAUUUUAGGCUCUAAUCAGUAUUUUGGUCAAAUCGAAUUGUUGAACAAUAUUCAAAAAAGAUAGCAAUCAGCUCUAUGCAUAUCUUAGACUGCCCAUGUUUAUAUAUUGCCAAAAAAUAAAUUUUAUGAUAUGAUAAAAAUGAAUCAUGGUUCUAUCUAAAUUAUCAGAAAAGAAGAGUAAAUGAGAGGUGAUUGGAUAUAAAAUAGACUAAAUUAAGUUCAAUAGACUUAUAACAUUUAAUUAUAAAAAAACAACAAUAGUAAUAAUGAUAAUAAUAAUAGUAAUAACAAUAAUAAUGGUUCUGAUAGAAAUGCUAUUGAAGAAUCAUAAAGUCCUUCUAGCAGUAAGAGCAGCAAUAAUUAUAUUACAUAGUAAACUUCUAGCAAAGGUAAUAGCUUUUAUUGUUCGAGUGACGAUAUUGUAGUAUAGUCAAAAUUUUAGUAAUUCUUAGAAAGUGAUAAUGUAGUAGAAAAGAAUAAUAGCGUUAGUUCUUAAAGAAAGCGAUAGUUUUAUGCCUAAACAAGGAAUAAAAACUUAAACAAAACUAAUAUUUUUCAAAAUACAUAAAAUAAAAAUAUAUAAAAAUUUAACACUAUAUAUUCAUAAGAACCAGAUGAAGUAUCUAAAUUCACUAGUUCAAAGGAUAGUUUUUAAUAUGAAGAAAGCUCAGAAGCUAAUAUUAAUAAAAAAAAUAAUAAUUAUAAAACAUAAUAUAGUUUUGGAUUAAAUUAAAAUUAACCUGACUCAAGUAUAAAGCCAAAACCAUUUUUAAGUCCAAAAAAUUAAAGUCAAUUUGAUUCAAACUAAAUAUCUAAAAACAUCCAAUUUACUUAAAUAUAAACUGAGACUUAAUAUGGAGUUAAUUUUCAGGACUAAAAUUAAUAAAAAAGUAAAUAAGAAUUGUAAAUAAACUUUUUAAGCAGGUAGAAUUCACCAAAAGAAAUAAAAAUAGAAUAAAAUGGCUAUUUUUAAAAUACAUUUCAGGCUGAAGACCCAAAUAUUAUUUAAAAAACAUUUAAUUCUAGCAAUUCUAAUCAAGCAAGAUAUAAUAUCCAGAAUAGGAAUUUAUUUUUUUAUAUUCCACAAAACAAACAGAGUUUAAUUUAAAACGGGAAUUCUCCGAUUUCAUCAGUUGUAUCUGUAAAUGAUAAUGUCAACCCUUAUAACUCAAUCCAUUUGAGCUACCUUAAAAAGAUACACUAAGGUUUGUUGGCUAAAAAGGAUAAUCUUAAUUAAUUAUAAUAAUAUUAAUUCUUCAGCACUUUUGGUUAAAAUUAAACUAAUGCUUAGAAUUCUUCUCCAGAAAAGACUUCCAAUACCAAUAGCUUUCACAUGCUAUUUUUAGAAAUAGAUAAAUAAAAACAUUAGCAAGCAUUUAGGUAAACAUCAAAGAAAAAUGUUCAAAAUAAUUCAAAUAAAUCAAAUUUUUAAUCAAAAAUAAAAUUGCAAAUACCAAAAGACAACAAGGAUUUUAAAAUACAUCAAAGUCAGUUAAUAUUAAAUAAAUUUAAUAAAAAUGUUUAAGUACUUAAAAAAUAAUAAGAAAUUAGCAAUUCAAGCUUAGUUUAUAUUCCUUCUUAAUAACAAUAAAAAUAACAACAACAACAAUAAUAAAAUUUGAUGUUCUAAACAUAUGUAAGUUCUUCAAAUAAGUUAUCAUAACAAAAUUUAAAUAACUCUAUUUUUAAUAAUUAAAAUUAAAUAAAAAAAACUGCCUAAGAUCUAUCUAACACUUCUUUUUCAGUAAAUUAAUAACCACAUAAUGUCAUUUCAUUCAUGAGAAACUUUUCUCAAGACAGUUUAUUAUCAUAGAAUCAUAGAGUUUUUCAAGAAUACUUGAAUGUGAAGGAUUAAAUACAAAAAAAAGAAUCUUUUGAUAAAUUUAUUGAUUAAGGAGGAGCUGGUAAAUCUUUGAAAAAUAAAUAAUUCAAUAAUGCUGGAAUGAAUUAAUCAUAGGUAUAAAAUAAUAAUGUUUCUUUGAAUAAAUCACAGCAAAAUAGAGAUUCUAAUGACAAUAUAAACUUUAGCUAAAUAUUAUAAACAAAUCACAUCCAAAUUAACAACAAAGCUUUGAAUUCAAGUCUUAAUAAUAAAUUAGAAACCAAAUAUAAUAUCUAAAUCGCCUUUCCUUAACUAGAAAAAAAAAAUAAAAGUUGUGAUAAAUUUAAAAAACCAUAACUUGCUCUAUACAACCUGAUAAACUCUAGUAAAGACCAAUCCUUCUAUUUAAAUAGCAAUUCUUAAUUUGACAAAAACCAAUCUUAUUUAAAUUAAAAAUAGUUAAAUACAUUUAACUAACACUUAGAAAGCUCUGCUGACAAAACUUAAAAUGCCUUUCAAACAACAAAUUAAAAUAUUAAAGAUUUUGGAAAAUAUGCAAAAAAUCUUUUUUCUUCACAAGUAAACUUAAAAACUAAUUCAGAAUAAUUAGAUUAAAUAACUACACAAAAGCACUAAUCUGAAAAUACAGAAGAGGCUAAGUUUGAUAGCUCUUAUCUUUAAAACAAAGAAUACUUGUUAAAACAUGAAUGA